AUAUACUAGCAAAAGUAGAUAUUACGCAUAAGCAUAUUCAUAGUUGCAUUUUAUUUUCUAAGUUUUUAAAUUAUUUUGCGCAAUGGAUACGGAUUACUCAAACGAUUCCUCUAGUAAUUAUUCUGGAAGCAGUGUUUCACACUACGAAGAAAUGGUUAACGAUCAAAACAUGAUUCAACCAUAUGCUUAUGAGCCGAUUGAAACAGACUCUAGCGACGAGCCUAUGGACGACUCCGACGAAGUUGCCGCUGCAUCAUCGACUGAAUCCGUAUCGGAACCAAACAGACUUCAGGAUAAAUUCUGGUGCACAUGUAGCCAUUGUCAAAUCAUGGAUAGGGUGGAAGAAUGUGUUUGUUGCAAAGAAAUUUCAGCUGUUGUAACAAUGAAUGAAGACUCAGCACAAUUUGAGGGAAUAGAUACUCCAGACUGUAUUACAGAUAAUCCUGUUUUUCGAAAUCUUUGUUUGAAUUAUUGGGUAUUACGACUGGCAUGGAGUGAGUACAAACAACACUAUGGUUCAAGAGCUGAAGAAGGACCUGAACACAAAAGACAAAGACAUGUGGCUUACAGGCAACUGGUUCGAUGGUGUUGGAAUGUAUUGGGCAAGGAAAUUAGAGUACCACUACCAUCUUGUGCUGUUAGCUGCAUUCGAGCACAUUUCCCACCACCAGGUCUAGAAGAGGACUUUGUCUUUGAGGGUUUUAAAUUUGGUGAUGAAUAAUAAUGGUAAUGUAAAUUAUUAUAGCCAUAUUUAUAAGUAUCGUUAAUGAUGAAUUACUAAUAAAUAAAAAUAUAAAUUGGAUUUAGUAAAUGAACAAUAAAUACAAAUUAUAAUGGCCAAGCCAAACCAAUUCUUUAUUUGUGCUAUGCAAGGAUUUUGGUGUACAUAAUUGAAAAGUGCCUUUGCUAAUGAAUUUGCAUAGCAAAACAAAAAAUUGGGCUACUUUACUAUUAGA